AUGGCCACUAUAGAUUAUAACGCUAAUUCAAAACUUAUAUCAAUUGCAAAAGAUUUGGCAGCAGAACCUUCUGCUGAUUACGAAUCUCUAGAAAUCAACGUUAAUCAAAUUAAUAGACUAACCAAAGGGUUAAUUGAAACAACAAAUCCAAAUUUUACUCCUGAACCAAAUGCUGAAUUAUCAAAAGUUAUUAAAGGCUUGUUUGAUACUGGUAUGAAAAAUAUUGCCCAACAGAAAAAAUUACCUGAAGCUUUGAAAAAUAUUUCAUUGGCUAUUGAUACCUCAACAACUAAAAGAUACCCAUGGGAGGCUUUUGCUAUACAAUUACAAGAAUUACAAUUCAUGUUAAGACAAAAAGUAGAUCUGGAAUUGGUGACUUUGAAAUAUUUGGAUGCUAUUCAGGAUUUAGAUAUGUUAUUAAAUACUGGGAUGAUUCAUGCUGAUGUCUUUUUAAGAAAAACGGAUGCUCUAUUAAGAUUGAAACAAUGGGAAUUAGCAAGAAUUGAAUGUGAAAGAGGAUUGUCUUUAGAUCCAAAAAACCCAAAGUUGAAUGCUCUAAUGUUACAAUGUGUUACACUUUUAGCAGAAUAUAAUGGUGAUAUAUAA